AUGGCCACAGAGAGGCCCUCGAAAGAAUUCCCCGCCGUCACCCAUAUGGACGCGGUCCAGAUUACGGGCCUUGGAGCGAGCGGGGAGUCAUUCGAGGUCAUUCACCAGCGCAACAUCAAAGUAAUCGGCGACACCAUCGAGGCCAUGGGCAUGGGUCGCUACCAAUGGCGGGUCUGGCUGACCUGCGGUUUUGGCUUCGCGGUGGAACAACUCCUUCUCGUUUUCAUCGGGUUGGUCUUGCCGCAGAUUGUCCACGAGUUCAAGACCCCCAAUGCAAACUACGCUGUCAUUGCCUUGUACAUCGGCCUGUUGGUCGGAGCGAUGGCGUGCGGCUUUCUCGUCGAUAUCUUCGGGCGCCGCCUCAUCUGGAUCCUAACGCUAAUCGUGACCGGUAUUAUGACUAUGAUCUGCGCAGCUGCACCAAAUUUCACUGCUCUGUGUGUCUUCAUAUCCAUUCAGGCUCUGGUUGGUGGCGGAAACUCUGCCAUUGACCUGACGGUUUUGAUUGAAGUUCUACCCAAGAAGAAUCGUUAUCUCAUGCCAAUUCUAGCGUGCGGCUGGGGCCUAGGCAGCGCGUUGGGCGGCUUGUUCGCUUGGCCUCUUAUCGGGAACUAUUCCUGCCCACCAACCUCGACACCAGCCACCUGCUCUCGCUCCGAGAACAUGGGAUGGAGGUACCAGUAUAUCCUGAUCGGUGGGUUUUGCCUUAUUCUCUCAGUGAUCCGGUUCUAUGUCUCGAGACUCGAAGAAUCGCCACGUUGGCUCACUGCAAAGGGCCGUCUGGAUGACGUUGUGGCCGUUAUCAACGAGCUGGCUCGUGUGAACAAGUCAUCCGUCACUAUGGACCGCGAGUUAUUGCAAGAGGAACCGAAACAUGAAGCAACAUCGGGCGGAAUCGUCAAGAAAGUACUCCCCUCGCAGCAUCUUCGAGGAAUCUUUGCAAAUCCAAAACUAGCUCGCUCUACGGCGAGUAUCUGCUUCAUGUGGGCAGCAAUUGGUAUUGCAUAUCCUAUCUAUACUCUAUUUCUGCCAGUAUACCUUACGGCACAUGGAGCUAAACUAGGCGAUGGAAGCACCAAGACUACUUAUCGCGACUACACAAUCGCUGCCACCGUGGGGAUACUCGGGCCCUUUCUCAGUGGUUAUCUCGUUCAAAUCCCUCUUCUCGGCCGUCGUCGUUCUAUGGCUAUUACGGCUUGUUGUGCAGCAACUUUUGCCAUUGCGUUCACAACAGUUCGAAACGAAGCACAGAAUGUUGCCUUUCCAUCUAUGAUCAACUUCUGGCAAAAUGCCUAUUACGGGAUUUUAUACUCGUACACCCCUGAAGUCAUGCCAUUGUCUCAUCGAGGAACGGGGUGUGGGUUGGCAAUGGCAUGCGGUCGUCUGGCUUCCAUCUCGUCGCCUCUGAUUGCCACGUACGCCGAUACCAGCACUUCUGCUCCCAUUUGGGUUUGUUGCGCGUUGUAUUUUGCUAUGGCAGCCGUGGCGCUCACUCUACCCUUUGAACCCGAACACUACGACCGAGAGGAAGCUCAGAUGGAUCAGGAGAUGGUCAAUUAA